AUUUCAAAAAAAGCCACAAAACAAAAACCCACAUUCACAUUCACAUCACUCACUUUCUCUCUCCUCUUAUUUUUUUUUAAAAACUCAUUCCCCAAACUCACUCCUCCUUUCUCUCUCUCUCCUAAUAUUCCAACAGCUAAAAUAGUACUACUACUACUUUCUUUCUCCUACUACUACUUUAAAUUUCUAGAUUGAAAAUCCCCCUUUUUAAUUUUCUAGGGUUUGUUUGUUAAUUCCGACGAAAUCCAACCAGAUCUCGCCGGAAAAUUCAAAAAUGGCGAACGGAGAAGUGACGGCAGCACCGGCGAGGUUGACGUCAUCAGCAUCAUUUAAGUAUAGGAAAAAGAGUGGUGGACAUUCUAGAGUAAAUUCUGAGGUUGAAGAUGUUGUUCAUUUUUUACAUGGUUCUGAUCCUGUUCGUAUUGAGCUUACUCGUCUUGAAAAUGAAGUUCGAGAGAAGGAUAGGGAAUUAGGAGAAACUCAUGCAGAGAUCAAGGCAUUGAGGCACUCAGAACGCCUUAAAGAAAAGGCAGUUGAAGAGCUUGAUGAAGAGCUUCAGAAGGUGGAUGGAAAGUUAAAAGCUACUGAAGCUGUUCUGGAAAGCAAGAACCUUGAAAUUAAAAAGAUAAAUGAAGAAAAGAAAGCAGCCCUUGCUGCACAAUUUGCGGCAGAGGCCACACUUAGACGAGUACACGCUGCUCAAAAGGAUGAUGAUAUGCCCCCUAUAGAGGCCAUCCUUGCACCACUAGAGGCAGAGCUAAAGCUGGCUAAGCAGGAGAUUGCGAAAUUGCAGGAUGACAACAGGGCAUUGGAUCGUCUCACAAAAUCCAAGGAGGCUGCACUUUUGGAAGCGGAGAAGACCAUUGAGAUGGCUAUGGCGAAAGCAUCCUUGGUUGAUGAUUUGCAAAACAAGAAUCAGGAGUUGAUGAAGCAGAUUGAGAUCUGCCAGGAGGAGAACAAAAUUGUGGACAAGAUGCAUCGUCAAAAAGUAGCUGAAGUUGAAAAGUUAACACAAACAGUUCGUGAGCUUGAAGAGGCAGUGUUGGCCGGUGGAGCUGCUGCCAACGCUGUGCGUGAUUACCAGCGUAAAGUGCAGGAAAUGAAUGAGGAGAAGAAAACUCUAGACCGGGAGCUUGCUCGUGCUAAAGUAAACGCAAAUAGGGUUGCCACUGUGGUGGCUAAUGAAUGGAAAGACGGAAAUGACAAAGUAAUGCCCGUAAAGCAAUGGCUUGAAGAGAGAAAAUAUUAUCAGGGAGAAAUGCAGCAACUUCGGGAUAAGCUUGCUGUGGCUGAGCGCACAGCAAAAGCAGAAGCUCAGUUAAAAGAGAAAUACCAACUGAGAUUUAAAGUUUUAGAAGAAAGAUUAAGAGCACCUGCGAAUGUCAACCCUUCCCGUGUCACCCCAGAAAGAAGAAGCAUAAGCAGUGGUAGAUCAAGGCGCCAAUCUCUUGGAGGAGUGGAGAAUUUCUCAAGGUUGGCUUCUAAUGGAACAUCUAAGAGAACAACAAUUUCUCCAUCCGGGACCCUGCGAUCUAAUAGUGCUGUUGCAUUACUAAAGAAUGCAAAGAAUUCUUCACUGUCGUUUGAUGGUGGUGAUAAAUCGCAAGGAGGUAAACCAUGUCCAACGAUGGCCAUUGCAACUUCAAAUGGUAUUGACAAGAUCCAAAAUGGCUCCCAAAAAGAGGAUGAUCACAAUCUAGUUGAAAAAACAAAAACAAACUGCGAUGACUAUGUAUCUGGGGCAUUGUAUGAUAUGUUACAAAAGGAAGUGGUAAGUCUCAGAAAAGCUUGUCAUGAGAAAGCUCAGAGCAUAAAGGAUAAAGAUGAUGCUAUUGAGAUGUUAUCAAAGAAGGUUGAGACUCUGAACAAGGCGAUGGAAGUUGAAGCAAAGAAAAUGAGAAGAGAAGUAGCAGCAAUGGAGAAGGAAGUUUCCGCCAUGCGUAUGAACAAGGAAAAUGAUCAAAGAAAUAGGAGAAUGAGUAUGGCUAGAGGGGUUGUUAGUGGUUCUCACCCACAUUCUGCAAGGAACAUCCGGAAUUUAUAGGGGAUGCUCUUUGCAACGAAAUGCUUAUACACAAAGGAUUCAGUCCUUGAAAUCUAGAAUGAUAGGGCCUUUGUAUGUUUUUGUUCCUUCACUUCUCGCGCUUUCUUCUGACAUACCUAUAUCUUAUUCUGUAGGCUUCCUCAGUCCCACUAUUCAUUUGUAAAGAGCUGACUUGUUAAUUGUUCCAGGAAGAGUUACCUCAAUCUUGUAUAUUUUUGUAUUAACAGCAUGAUUGUGAAUUUUUCUGAAAGUAAUGGUAUGUGAAGUAGGGUUUUUGUGGUAAUCUUCUGAAAUUUACAACACUGAACAAUUAUCUGUUUAGUGGAGAACAAAAGUGUAUAUCAACAUAACUAUUUCUACCUUUUAUACUUUGUUUUCUGUGAA